AUGCCGCCGCCCGGCCUCGUCGCAUCCAUCACACGCGGGGGGCAUGCGGUGCGCAUCUUCCCUCGCCCGGCCCCGUCAGCCACCAGGCGGCACGUCGGCGCCUCCUCGGCCAUCACGCCGCGGUGUCACGUCAGUCAGUCACGCACGCCGCGGCAGCCGCGCCGCGCGCCACCUUGCCGCACCCGCACGCCACCUUCCCCGUACCAGGCCGCCGUCGCCGCGGCCGCCACCCCGUCCAAGACCGCCAGGCAGUGCCGCCACAAGGUCGAGAAGCUCCGCCGCCGCCUCCGCUCCAAGCGCCGCCGCCCUUGCCCCAUCCUCGACGGCAUAGAUCUGCUCGACGACCCUUCGUCGUCCCCCUCGCGCUCCCACUCCCCGUCCCCGCCGCCGCCCGCCUCCCCGCUUCCCCCCUCUCCCUCCCCGCCCAAGAAGAGGAGGCGGCCCGAUCCCGAUGAAGAAGGGUAUUAUGCCGGGGAGAGCGACGUGGUGCAGGCGGUGAGGGCGAUCGGAGAGGGAUUCGUGCGCGCCGAGCUGAGGAGGAUGGAGGCGGCGAGGGAGUCGCAGCGGAUGCGCAUGGAGAUGGCCCUGCGGCACCUCGACGCGCAGCGCCGGCUCCUGGACGGCCUCGUUGGCCGCAUCGUCGACGCGUUGGAGUGAAGCGGUGGCGCGGCAAAGGUGUCCCCUCCUUUCAAGAUCUUUCGUGCUUUCUCCUGGUUACACACCCCCUGGCGAGUUGAGGUGUUUAGAGCUACGUCCUUCAUAUACUCCAUGUACCUGUGAUGGUCUGAUGGAUCAUGGUUGUCUCAUCACAUAGAUGUAGAUGCGUAGAGAGCAAAUCCUGCUGCUUUUACUGUCUUCUGUAUAGUUGUCUGGCCGAGUGGAAGCACUUCUUAUGGGAAAGAAAUGGAUCUUGAGUUUUCUUCA